UCGCAAUUGACAUGCUAUUAUAGUCAACGAACCGUUUUUUUGCACAGAUUGAAAAUAAGGUUUAUGAACAAGUUUGCCAUGCGUGAAACCAAAAAUCCACUGUAGCCUGAAGACACCAUUCUCCCAAGUAGACUGAAACAGCAGAGUGACAACAACAGACCCCCAACACUACCAGACCCACACACACUCCUCCAGAGGUGUGAACAGGCCGAGGCAGGGAUGGAGCAGGAUGGUCAGCCGGGGUCGGAGAGCCCCAACCUGGCCUCCCUCCGCUCGGAGGCAUCCGUGAGCCAGGCGGACGACGUGGAGCCCACCUCCACCAGCUCGGCCGUCAACAAGAGGAGGAAGAAGAGGAGGAAGGAGCCGCGUCCCGAGUCCAUCAUCGUGUACCGCUCGGACGCCGACAGAGUGCUGGACGAGGAGCAGGGGGGAGAGGAGGAGAGGGACAGGGCCUCCGAGGAGGGGGCCAAGUUUCUGACCACGCCCACAGGUGAAGGUGAGUGGAGCCUGCCUCCAGACAGCCGCUACGUGACACUGACGGGCACCAUCACGCGCGGCAAGAAGAAGGGUCAGAUGGUGGACAUCCACGUGACGCUGUCGGAGAAGAAGCUCCGCGACCUGGCCAAGUCCAAGGAGCGGCUGGACGCCGAGUGCGAGCGGGACGGGCGCUCGCGGCGCUCCUGCGGCCUGGGCGUGGGCCAGGGCCCGCACGUGGUCCUGUGGAGCCUGUCGUGCGCGCCCGUGGUCUUCCUCCUCUCCUUCAUCACCUCCUUCUACUACGGCACGCUCACCUGGUACAACGUCUUCCUGGUGUACAACGAGGAGCGGACGUUCUGGCACAAGAUCACCGUCUGCCCGUUCCUCAUCAUCUUCUACCCCAUGCUCAUCAUGGCCGUGUCGGUGUCGCUGGCCGUCUACUCGGCCGUGGUGCAGGUGUCGUGGGCCUUCGGCGAGUGGUGGCAGGCCGUGCGGGACCUGGAGAAGGGCUUCUGCGGCUGGGUGUGCGGGAAGAUGGGCCUGGAGGACUGCUCGCCCUACAGCAUCGUGGAGCUGCUCGACUCGGACACGUUCGUCGGCGGCCUCCAGGGGAAAGCUCCCGGGGAGAACCUGCAGACGUCCUCCGUCUAA